AUAAUGGAGAGUAUUAAUUCUCCAGCAGCGCCACCUUCAUUCGACUUUGACAACUUGUCAACAACAGGAUUAUCACAUAAUAUGGACUUGGCAUCAACAAUAACACAACAACAUAAUGGAGGAGGAUCAUCUGGUGUGACACCAUCGACACUUCUUAGUUUACCAAUGACACCGGGUGCAGCGGCCGGCCCAUCAGUUGCAAAUAUGUCACCAUCACAACAUCCACAGCUUAACAAGGCACAGAUGGCAUUGGCAAUGGCUUCAGCACUGCAGAUGCAUGAGGAGGAGAAGAGAAAACGUGAAGAGAAGAAGAGGAAGCGAGAGAAUGAGGAACAAUGGACCAAACAACUUCGUCACAAAGUAGACGCUGAGAAGAAGAAGUUGGACGAUGAUGAGAAGAGAUCUCACAACACCAAUCAAGAGCUAUACUCAUUGUUCAAUGAUCUUCAGAUGAUAUCACAUGAUUACAACAUAUCAUUCGAGACACCAGAGUUGGUGGUCGUUGGAAUGCAAUCUGAUGGCAAGUCAAGCUUCAUUGAGUCACUCUUGGGCUUCCAGUUCAACAUUGUCGAAACCAACAUUGGAACAAGAAGACCAUUGAUCAUUCAAAUGAUAAACAAUCCGAUAAAACAUCAACCAAGUUGUAGAUUCAAGAAGGAGUUCUCUGGUGAGGCAAGUGCAUUGGAGAAUAAGUGGGAGGAGCAUGAGACACCAGUGGAGGAGUUGACAGAGGAGAUCAUCAAGAGGACAAACAACUUGACUGGUACUCGUGGAGACAAGGUGUCGGCACAGCCUAUAUUUCUGCGCGUGGAGUUUGCCCACUGCGCCAACCUGAACAUCUACGACACGCCAGGCUUCAGGAAGGGCGGCGACGAGAAGCUCAAGACAGAGAUUGGCGACAUGGUCAAGAAGUUGAUCGAGCCCAAGCACAGGAUCAUCGUGUGUCUCGAGCAGUCCAAUGUCGAGUGGGCCAACACCAUCUCGCGUCCCCUGGUCAAGAAGAUCGACCAAGAGUUUGGCCGCACGAUACUCGUCAACACCAAGUUUGACAACCGUGUCAAGGAGUUGCGCUCGCGUGAAAGCGCACACAAGUACUUGGAGGGCGAAGGCAUCGUCGCCAGCAAGAAGCCAUUCUUUAUCAGUCUGCCACUCAAGCGCAAUCUCGAGCCACAUCGCUUCAAGGAGGCGAUGAAGGAUUCAUACUUGGAGGACUACCGCAAGCUUCUCGAGGUCAACUUUGACGAGAACAGGUUUGGUGGCCAGAUUGGCAUCUACAAGGUCAAGGACUACAUCGAGGGCUUGCUGCACGAGAAGUAUCAGCAGAACCUGUUGCCAUCCCUGCUGCAGCUGGAGGGCAUCGUGCGCAAGACCGACCAGGAGAUCAUCAGGAUCAAGAAGGAGCUGGAGGAGAACAACAUUCACACGCUCAAGUUCAAGGUGCUGCAGUAUGUUCAGAGUUUCAACACACAGAUUGAACGACUGCUUGAAGGCAGCGUUGUGGGCGACCCGGAUGAGUUUGGCCAGACGCUCAGUCAAGAAGUGGAGCAGUGCAACGUCGAGCAGUGGCCCAGCUUCAACUUCAACUUUGACGUACAGAACGCCAACUACAACCUCUACGGUGGCGCACAGUAUGAGCGACUGCUGAACGAGUUGGAGUAUGUCAUUCACUCGAGAGAGUUCCCCGAGACAUCGAUCAACGAGGUGGCGUCGGCCAUCGGUGUGUCCAAGUCGCACAACUCACCCAUCUACGAGGUUGCCGCCACUAACCUGUUCCAGAUCAAGUCCAAGAAGGUGUUGCUGCCACUGAUUGAGAUUGUGUUGCAACGCUGCACCUACAUCAUGAAGAGGCUGUUUGAUAUCAGUGUGUCGAUCCUGAAUAACGAGGACUCGAAUGGACUCAACUCAGUGUCGUUGUACGAGCACUUCGUAUCAGAGUUGAGGAUACAGUACUACAAGUUCAUCGAAGAGAUUGAAGCCGACUGCAAGGUGCGCUUAAAGGACGACUUUGACACCUUCACCAAGAUCGUCGACUGGAACCUGCUUGGCGGCCUGUCCGAGAUCAAGCAGUACAACUACCUCAAGGUGACGCCAGAAGAUACCAAGCAAAGAGUUGUUUCCAUCAUGGAAGGUGCUCCAAUGGAUGGAUUGGACAUCUCAAGGUCAAGAAGGAUUGACGAUGACACUUAUAAGAAGGUGUGCAUGAUUGCUGGACGAUUGUUCUCGGGCAUCAGGUUCUUCUUUGCCAAGUAUGUUCGCAACAAGUUGAAUGCAUUCUUCUUGGACCCAUUGUUCCAAAGACUUGGAUCGACGGUCAUCGAUCACUUCUCCAAGUUGUCCGACAAGAAGUACGAGGAGAUGUUCCAUUUGGGCAUUGAGGAGCUCAAGGCCUUGCUCUCAAAGUUGGAGGCACAAUCCAUCGACUGCAAAAAGAACAGAGACAAGUUCAAAGAGGUGUUCAACCGUAUGAAGGCAGCAGCGGCUGCCUCUGCCAAGAACCCCUCUUCCUCAUCUUCCCAGCCGAACUCAUUUGAGAGCUCUGGUACAAAGAGGUCAUCAUCUACACUUGGCAACUUGAACAUUGGCAUGAAUGAUCACUCCUCCUCUUCAUUUAUGUCCUCU